GGUCCUCCUGCAGACCCGGUCCUCCUGUAGACCCGGUCCUCCUCAGACCCGGUCCUCCUGUAGACCCGGUCCUCCUGCAGACCCGGUCCUCCUGUAGACCCGGUCCUCCUGUAGACCCGGUCCUCCUGUAGACCCGGUCCUCCUGUAGACCCGGUCCUCCUGCAGACCCGGUCCUCCUGUAGACCCGGUCCUCCUGCAGACCCGGUCCUCCUGCAGACCCGGUCCUCCUGUAGACCCGGUCCCUGCAGACCCGGUCCUCCUGUAGACCCGGUCCCGGUCCUGCAGCAUGGUGCAGCAGGCCGGUCCCGGUCCCGGUGCCGGUCCGUCCCGCUGCGGGGCCUCUGUGCACAUCAAGCGGCCCAUGAACGCCUUCAUGGUGUGGUCCCGGGGCCAGAGGAGGACCCUGACCCUGCAGGCCCCCGACAUGCACAACGCAGAGAUCUCCAAGCGGCUGGGGAAGCGCUGGAGGCUGCUGCAGGACGCGGACAAGGUCCCGUUCAUCCGGGAGGCGGAGCGGCUGCGGCUGCAGCACAUGGCGGACCACCCGGACUACAAGUACCGGCCCCGCAAGAAGCCCCGCAGCGAGGCCCCGCAGCGAGGGCCCCGCAGCGAGGGGCCCCGCAGCGAGCCGGCAGGGGCCCCGAGAGGAGCCGGCAGGGGCCCCAAGAGGAGCUCCAAGACCAAGCCCUGCAGGCCGGCGGCCCCCACCCCAGACCCCCGGUACCGGUACCUGCUGACCGGGUACCGGGCCGGCGAGCUGGUGAAGCAGGAGUUCACCGACUCCGAGGAGGAGGAGGAGGAGGAGAGGAAGGAGGAGGAGGAGGAGGAGGAGGGGCCCCCCGUGGACGGGUCCUCCUCCUCCUCCUCCUCUGGGAGGCUCUUCUACAGCUUCAAGAACAUCACCCGGCAGGGCGCCAGCACCCCGGCCUCCUCCUCCUCCUCCUCCUCCUCCUCCUCCUCCCCGGCCUCCUCCUCCCGGUCCUCGUCCUCCUGCUGUGGGGAGGACCUGGAGGACCUGCAGGAGGCCUCAGACUUCACCCUGAGCCUGCUGGCCGGCUUCCAGGCCUCCUCCUCCUCCUCCUCCUCCGAGCCGUGGAACGCCUCCUCCUGCUCGGCCCCGGGGAACCUGAGCCUGUCCCUGGUGGACAAAGACCUGGACUCGUGUGGCAGUGAGGGCAGCCUCGGGUCCCACUUCGACUUCCCGGACUACUGCACCCCCGAGCUCAGCGAGAUGAUCGCCGGGAGCUGGCUGGAGGCCAACUUCUCAGACCUGGUGUUCACCUAUUGACCCCGAGACCCGGGUCUCCGGGUUCUGGAUCUCCGGGGUGUCUGGCCUGAGGAGACCCGGUCUGGACUCACCAGGUUUAUGGAUUCAGUUUUCUGUUCUCGGGUCUGAACCGGGACCUGAACUAUGCAUCUAAUGGACUCUAGGACCAGGACCAGGACCACUGCAGGACUCUUUUAUGGGACUCCUUUGAGUUCUCCUCCUUUCUAUUUCACAUGUGGGGUUGCCAGGUCUGAGGAGACCACAUCCAGCGUUAGAACCCAAACCCAGCA